GGUAAAAAGAGAUCAUUCCGUUGUGAUAAACUUACUAACUGUAAUGAUGCAUGUACUGCUGGAUAUGAAUUACAAAAUGAUAAAUGUGUUUUCAUGUACAACAUGGAACCUCUUACAGCAUCAUUCGAAUACACUGUUCUUGGAGAAGUGCAGUCAAUUAUAGACACCAGUAGUGAGUUCAUCUCUGAUUUGUCAUUUGCAUUAGAUGCUUCAGAAACACUCACCAGAAGACUUGUAGGGAACAUAUCAUAUAGCUUCUCAAAAGACUAUGACACAGAUGAUAAGAGACUAAAUGGAGUGUUUGUUGCUAAGUUCAAGGUGAAGCUCCCAAUUACAACAAACUUAACCUUGCAUGAAUUUCACAAUGAAACUGUGGAUGCCAUAAUAAACUCUACGAAGGAAGAACAUUCUUCAUCAGGAGAUAAAGACUCUGAUUUUGACACACUGACUAUUUGCAUAGAUUUGGUCAAUUUUGUAACAUGUUAUGAUUGGUUGAAUGGUACAUUCCUGAAUCAGACACAAAAUCGGGUCAAAAAGGUUGGCCUUCAGUCUACGGAAAUAAUGGGGUUGGUCACUAUAAUAUGUUUGACACUCUCAAUCAUAUCCAUGUUGAUUCGUCUCAUCUUCCAAACAUUUAUCAGCAUCUAUCACUCAUUCGCUGGUAAAAUCCAGUUUUGUUUUGUAUCCUCAUUGUGUGUUUCCCAUAUUUUGUAUCUGAUUGGCCCUUUGGUGAUGGAUGUACCAAGCCUUUGUAAAGCUAUUGGGAUCCUGAUUCACUACUUCUUCUUGGUAUCUUUCACAUGGAUGGCAAUUAUUGCCCUAGACAUGUAUUUGACAUUUAGGUCAACUCUUCGUAACUCUAAAGGAUGGAAAAGAAUUCUUCUCUAUGUGUUUAUAGCAAUGUUCCUACCAGUAAUCAUAAUAUCUGUGGCAGUUACAUUGGAUCAUGGCACAAGGUUCAAGCCUUUUUAUGGUAAUUCAGUGUCUGACUCAGCAGACUCAGAGUUUGGUACAGUAAAACCAGUACCAAGUACGCCAAACUUAGAGUCACGUGCAUCAAACAUGGAUGCAAAUGUCCAAACAUGUCAAAUGAGCAAUCCAUAUGCUACAUUACUGUUCUUUGCCUGCCCAUUAGGAGUUAUGAUUGUGUUCAACACAAUUAUGUACAUAUUAACUGUAUUCUCACUAAAGUCAACAUGGAAACAAACAAAAAUGGUCUCCAAUGGAAACAAUUUCCAUUUAGAUGUCUAUAUCAAGCUCUUUAUCAUUAUGGGUUUUACAUGGAUCUUUGGAUUCAUUGCGCCUUUUGUGCAUAAUGAGGCCAUUAUUUAUGUGUUCAUUGUGUUAAAUGCGAGCCAGGGUGUUUUCAUUUUUAUCACCAGUGUAUGUACCAAGGCUGUGUUAUAUGAGAUUAAAAGUAAGUGUUUGACAUUUAAGAAGAGCGGUCAGCGUACAUUGAAUUACAGUGUGAGAACAAAUGUAGUGAAUGGAAAAACAAAGUAUGUGUUGAAUGGGAUAAGAAGUAAGUACAUGACAGGUAUGAAGGGCAGUCUGGGUACAAAUGUGAACUUCAGUUUAAGAACAAAUGUGGUGAAUGGAAGAACAACAAAACUACAAGAAGAUCACGACGUCAACAGUACAAGUUUAUAAGAUUGAUUCAUGUGUUGAAUGAGAUCAUUGAAAAAUGGCGGCAAAUUUUCAAACAUAAGUUGAACCAUAUAUAUAGACAUUAUGUGUAUUAUGUGUUAUUAUUAAAUAUAAAUGAUACUUGGUCACAGAAUUUGAGUUAUUGCCUAUAUAUUCUCUAUAUCUCGCCGAACUUCAUUCAAUGGGAUGAUAAAACCAACACACAACACGUAACAUACCUCCCCUUCUUUGAUAUGUACAUCCCGAUGUUUGUUGUUCUCUACUACUUUGAGGCACAUAUCUCCUUUUAACAUGUAGAACAACU